UAUUUAUACAUUACCUAAUGUAAACAAACAUGGCGGACUACGUUGUCGCAUUAGCAAAUCUUGGGAUUCAAAAGAAGAUUCUGCACGGUGGAAAAGGAGAUGCACCUGAUUAUGAAGAUGGAACAAAGCUAUACUUUCACUACAAAACAUGUAAAUGUGAUGAGGAGCAUACAGUGAUAGAUGACAGUCAUAAUUAUGAUAAACCAAUGGAACUUAUCUUGGGCAAGAAGUUCAAAUUUGAAGUUUGGGAGGCAUGUCUGAAAUCAAUGAGGCUCCAGGAAGUUUCUGAAUUUGUAGUUAAAGACAAGCUAGUAGAGCAGUAUCCGUUAGUAGCAAAGCAAUUACGAGAGAUAUUUGGUAAAAACGGCAAGAAAAAACACGAUGAGGAGAAGAGCCAUUGCUGUGGCAUGAUGGCAAUGUCGGAACAAGGACUGGGACAUAAAGAUCUUGACGAGCUUGUUAAAAAUCCACAGCCAUUAUCAUUUACAAUAGAUCUGAUAAAGAUUGAGAAAGCUGGAUCGUAUGAGAAAGAGUCAUGGACAUUGACAGAUGAGGAGAAACAAAAUAAAGUACCAAAGUUAAAGGAGGAAGGGAAUGAGCUUUAUAAACAGAAAAAAUACUCAGAGGCUGCUGAUAAAUAUGGAAUGGCAAUAGGACUGCUGGAACAAUUGGCAAUGAAGGAGAAACCAAACGAUCCUGACUGGCACGCAAUAGAAGACAAGAAAAUUCCAUUAUUAUUAAAUUUUUCCCAAUGUAAACUGUUGUUAAAUGAGUACUAUCCAGUGAUAGAACAUACCAGUACAGUUCUGAAGAGGGAUCCUGACAAUGUUAAAGCUUUAUUCAGACGAGGUAAAGCCCAUAUUGGUGCCUGGAACCCGGAGGAGGCUAAACUGGAUUUUAAAAGAGUUGUAGAACUUGAUCCUUCAUUAACUAACACAGUGAAAAAAGAACUUAAGAUUUUAGAUGAUAUGCAGAAAGAAAAAGAUAUUCGGGAUAAAGAGAAAUUAAAAGGAAUGUUUGCAGAGGGUUCAUCUUGAUGUUGGAAUAAAAAGUUAUUUAUCUAUUUAUUUAUAAUUAGUUAAUUGUUAAAGUGGCUUGCCUACGGGUUCAUAUUAAUCUGAAAAUUUACUAUUUUUACCAAUUCAUGAAAACUUUGAAAGUGUAUUUAAUCGUAAAAUACUGUGAAGUGAACAAAGAAAAUAAUUUACACAUUGCAAACGGCAAUUACAAACCACAUAAAUCAUCAAAUAAAGAUUAAAAUAUGCAAAAAUAACUCUUACCGCAUUAGUCACGCAGUAGAAAUAAAGUAAUAAAUACUGCAAAAUUUCUUUCUGUAUAAGAGGGCUGCAGUGAUUUUCAGACUUAAAAAUACAGCUAAAAAAACAGUGAAACAUGCAUCUGAAACAAUGAUUAUGAUUGUAUUGCAAAAUAUUUUAAGACUUAGUGACAUUUUUGUUAAAUUUUCAUGUUAGAUUUCAUUGUUGAAUUAAGCAGUUGUUUGAAAUGUUCAGAAUAUUUCAUAUUUUACUGUAUGAUCAGCAAUUUUCAGUCGUAUUUUUACAUUUAUUACAUAAUU